CGCCGCCCAGCUGAUGGAUGUCAACAAACUUGGCGCCGAAAUCGUAUUAGACGAGAGGACGAGGAGCACAGGAGAAAGCUACCGUAUAACAUUUAAUUCGUGAAAAUUUUGCCAUGGACUUGGUGGUACAGUCAGGAAAGCGCAGUUAUGAUAAGGAGAAUAGCAACAGUAACAUGAAGUGCACAAGAUGGAGUUUGGGUGGUGAUGUUAGCACAAACCCUCCACUGCUGGCAGACAUGGGUUUGUCAAUACUUCAAGAUGAGGAGAGUAUAGGAGGACCCACACCUACACCACCUGUCACACAAGUUAAUGAAGACAAACCUCCACCUCCUCCAAAGGUGCUACAACAAACUAAUCAGAAUGUACUUAGUCAUGGAACCUUUCUUCCUGAUGACUCUGGAAAUGAAGAAGAAUUUUUUGUUUAUAAACGUAGAAGAUUAGAUGCUAUUGGAGGGGAUGAUAAAUUUAAUCGAAUGUCAGAUGAGUUGAUUUUGUCAGUUUUCCGAUGGCUUCCAAAGUUCAUGUUGGCUAGGUGUGCCCAAGUAAAUAGAAGAUGGAAGAGAUUAGCAUUUGACGAAACGCUAUGGCGAAGACUUGAUCUUGGAGGAAAGACACUUAAGCCUGGAGUUGUAGGCCGAGUCAUUCUCAGAGGAUCCAGUGUUCUCAGACUGGCUAAAGCUGAAGUGGGCAGCCCUAUAUUUUCACCUCAGCUGCACUAUUUACCAAGUCUGCCACCAGUAAGAAGUAAGCUGCAGCACCUUGAUCUUAGUAUGGCUGCCAUUGAUCCACAAGCUCUUGAAGAAUUAUUGAGUGUGUGUUUUGAUCUCAAGAAGUUAAGCUUGGAACACUGCAUUCUCAGCCAGUCCAUCUGUUCACAUAUUGCUAACAACCAAAAGCUGGAGACCCUUAAUCUGGCAAUGUGUUAUGGAUUGUGUCAUGCCUACCUUGUUAACAUACUCAGCCACUGCAAAAGGUUACAAAGCUUAAAUUUGGCAUGGACAGGAUUAUGUACAGAAGAUCUGCGUAUGAUAUGCCGUCGUUUCCCGGCUUCUUUAGAGCGGCUUAAUUUGUCUGGUUGCAGAAGUACCUUAUCAGAUACACAUGUAAGGUUACUGGCAGAGCAGUCUCCUGGCUUGGUAGAGUUGGACAUAAGUGAUGGAACUCAUCUUACUGCAACUGCUGUAUCAGCAAUCAUCCACGAAUUACGUCAUAUUGAGUACUUGGCAUUUUCCAGGUGCUACACAAUACAACCGGAUGCUUAUCUUGAGCUUAAAUCAAUGCCAAACUUGCUUUACCUGGAUGUGUACGGUAUUCUCAAUGAGAGCGCCAUGAGUACAUUAAAGCAGAGUCUUCCACACAUCCAGAUCAACAAGUACUUAUUUUCAUCUGUUGCCAGGCCAACUGUUGGAAUCCGCAGAACUUCCAUAUGGGGACUAAGAGUCAGAGAUUAAGUUAUUAUCACCGAAGAUAUGUGAUAUUUCAAUUAGUGUACUGUAAAUUUUGUUUACACUUUCCAAAGACUUAAUUCAUGACACUCUACACCACAUUCCCUCAACCCAUCUGUAUAAUAAAAAGACCAUGUAUAUUUAUGAUACAUUAAAAUGUGUUGUGUUAGUCUUGGAGCAUGUGGUUAAAAAUGAAUAUUUUGUGUGUUUGAAAGCUCUGGACCAGAAUAUAUGUGUAUUCUAAUUGCUGCUGCUCAGAUUUCUUAAUUGUGUGAAAGGAGUUUCCUUUGUCUGAUAUCUCACAAUUCAAGGAAUUAGUAAUUAGUAUUAAUCAGGGGUAACUUGAGGACAUAAUAAAUUUGUAAGAUCAUAAAAUUAUUUAAUUUUUGAUCUUGUAUCAAAUUCCAUUUUAAAUAUUGGAGGUAUUAUGGAGCACAUCAGGUCUUGACUAUGUUGGUUGCAUGUUAACCUUAAUUGUUAUGUAGCCAGAUGAUUUAAUGUAAUUUUAAAAAAUUUGUUACAUAUGUUUACUUCUAAGAAGUAUGUUGUAGUUCAGUAACUCCCACAUAAAAGAAAUAAAAAUUUGGUGUAAGAUUUGUCUCUGAAUUUAAGUAUUUAAAUAUUUCAUAUGCAUUUUAUAGAAUUUGAGAUAAGUUGUAUGAAAGGAAUUAUAAAUUUUUUUUAUUACAUGUAUAUCUAAUUUUUUUCCUCCUUAUGCAGUAAACUCCUUCUAAUCCAGACUAAUUGGGUGGGGGGGCUGUCUAGAUUGGGUGAAGGUCUGUAUUGUAGGGUGGUGGGUUUCCGGCUGAAGCUACCCAAGAACACCAAACCUACUGUAAUUUUUAGCCUAGACCCAACACCCUCUGGAAUUUUGUAUGCCAUAUUAACCUUUUUUUUAGCCCUUAGGGUUUCAACAUUUUUGAGGAAAAGUUAAGUUUUUCCUCGGGCUCUCAGCAGCUUCUUGCCGAUUCUCAGUACAAUUAUAUUUGGCAUCGGGAGUCACCAAGCGGCUGGUGUUGCCGGGAGCUCUCAUACCCCUUGCAGUAAUGUGUACUGUCGGCUGUGACAUACAGCUGUAUUCAAGCCUCGCACCCCUUAAAUACAUCCAUUUGAUGGCCCGAAUCAUAAAUUUUUCAAAAUAUAUUUAUUUAAACAAUUGUUUUGAUAAACUAUGCAGGAUUAUUUUGGUAUAAAAUGGUAAUUCUAACUUAAUUAGAACCGAUUUUGUAGACUAGUAUAAACAUUUCUUACGGUUUUUCAUAAAAGAAUUGUUCCUAUCAUAAUAACGUCAAUAUGUAUACAGUACAAUUUAUAUUUUUUUAAGGAUCUUUUAUAGAAACAAUAUUGUAGAGAAUUUAUUCAGAAUCAGUAUGGUAACAAAUUCAUUUUUUGAAAAUAAUUACAAUGGAUGCUUUUUCGCUCGCGAUCGUGGCCUAAUUGUAAUGGGAAAGUGAUGAGAAUUGUAUAAAGUAGAAGUGUUUUUCUUAGGGUAGACAUUGUUACUGUACUAUAAUAUGUCAGUCUAUAAAAAAUAGAAGCAUGUACGUACUGUACUUGUUAAUUAUUAACUUAUCAUGAGGCCGUUGAGUCUUGAGAUGGUUGAGGCAGGAAGUGAUUUUACGACACUCACAAUAUACACCACCAUAGGUGGAGCGGAGGUUUUGUUUUGACUGCUAACUUCAUUGCCUAUUUAUACUGUACUGUACACUGUUCAUAUUUCUUAAACACCUCACUUUAGUGCUCCUCAGAGGCAGCUGUAAGUUACCCUCCUGUGCCAUCACAGUGGCAGCCCCCCCCUACACGAAUUUUUCCCUGCACUAACCAAAUUCUUAUUGUUUUUUUUUUCUGGGUUAUGGAAACAUUUGUCCAAUUUGCAAAGGGAUUGUGAUUAAGCGAGUCCUGUUUAGAAGGAGUUUACUGUAGUUUUAAGGAAAAUUUGUGAUAGUGUAUAUGUCACAAUACGCUAACGUCCAUAAAUCAUUUGUUUAUGGAAAUGUUUUUUUGCAAGUGAUGGAUAAAGUUUGUUUCAUAGUGUAACACAGAGUCAUUAGUACUGUAAUAUCCAGGUUCUUGUUUUCGCAUUUGAUCCUAGAAAAUAAUAUUUUAGUCAGUCAAAAAAAAUUCAUAUCCUCCAAAGAUUAGGGAAGCCAACAUUCUAAGAACAUGAUAACCUAACAUGUCUUUCGAGUUAAAAUUGAUUAACUGGGAAAUUACAAGUUUACUUUCACAAUGUUUUGGUCUAUAAUUUUUUCAAUAUACAUCUUAGACUGAAUUAAUAACACUUGAUUUGUAUAUAAUAAUUUGAUGUAAUUUUUUCCAUUGGACAGAUUCAAUUGGUUUUUAAUUUUUGAGAUUGUUAGUCCCAUAUUAUUAUUUAAAUUUAAUCAGUCAUUGUUGUGUUGCUCAUUAACUGUCUAUACUGAGUGUCAUUGAGUGUAUUCCAUGAAUUGACUUGUCUGCAUUCAUCUUCAUUAUACAGAAUAUAAGUAUGCCAGUCCAUCUUAAAAUUAUACAGGUACAGUAGAACGACGAUUUAACGCGAAUCGGUUUAAGAUUAUUGAUUUAAAGCGACACCCACAAUUAAGGACAAUGUUUCAAUUUAAAGUGAAUCUUUCCUAUUUUGCGCGAAUCAAUCUGGUGCAUCAUAUUUAAAAUUUUGCGCCUAAUGUUU